UACAAAUUAUAAUAAUGUGAAGACUGAGAAUUUUUCAAUUUCGUUCAGUGAUAAUUACGUUAUGCAAGAGAAUGAAAUGGCUUUUAUGCCGGAGACCGAGUCCGAAAACAUGAAAAACUAAUACCAUUACAACUAUGCACCUUUAUUUGAAGCCAUAGCAUCUAGCACCUUAUUCCUGUAGUUGGAUAUUUGUGAGAUCUCUGUUUCUCAAGUGGAUGUGGAACCCCUGAUGCGAUUGUGCCCUGAAGGAUCUAGUGUAGCCAGCCACUCCAGUGACAUGUCCAGCAAAAAUUCUAGCAUGUUCUAUACUGUCGAGGUGGGCGAUGCCCAGUUUACAAUUCUUAAACGAUACCAGAACCUUAGGCCUAUUGGUUCUGGUGCUCAAGGAAUUGUGUGUUCUGCUCUUGACAAAGUAACAGAUCAGCACGUAGCUAUCAAGAAACUAAGCAGACCCUUCCAGAAUGUAACUCAUGCCAAAAGGGCCUAUAGGGAGUUUAAACUGAUGAAGCUUGUGAACCACAAAAACAUUAUAGGUCUUCUUAAUGCUUUUACUCCUCAAAAGUCCUUAGAAGAAUUUCAAGAUGUGUACCUUGUAAUGGAAUUAAUGGAUGCCAACCUGUGCCAAGUAAUUCAAAUGGACUUAGAUCAUGAACGAAUGUCCUAUCUUUUGUACCAAAUGCUUUGUGGCAUUAAGCAUCUACAUUCUGCUGGUAUUAUACAUAGGUGUAAGCAAGUUGACAUCUGGUCAGUUGGCUGUAUCAUGGGAGAAAUGAUCCGUGGAAAUGUACUGUUUCCAGGAACUGAUCACAUUGAUCAAUGGAAUAAAAUCAUCGAGCAGUUAGGAACUCCCUCCCCUGACUUCAUGAGACGACUUCAACCCACCGUUCGAAACUACGUGGAAAAUAGGCCAAGAUAUGCAGGCUAUUCAUUUGAGAGGAUGUUCCCAGAUGUUCUCUUUCCUGCCGACAGCUCAGAACAUAGUAGGUUGAAAGCUAGCCAAGCUCGAGAUCUACUAUCUAACAUGUUAGUAAUAGAUCCUGAAAAAAGGAUAUCAGUUGACCAGGCUCUCAUGCAUCCCUACAUUAAUGUGUGGUAUGAGGAGAGUGAAGUCCAUGCUCCUGCCCCUGCACCUUAUGACCACUCAGUUGAUGAAAGAGAACAUACAGUAGAGCAGUGGAAAGCACUAAUAUACCAAGAAGUAUUGGAAUAUGAACAGACGCAUAACACACUAGGGUUAUCAAUAAAUCCACAUCAAGCAGACCGGUGUCCUGAUUUCCAACCAUUGUGGAUAAAUGAAGGAGGCCGGCAGACUAAUUCAGGCGAUAAUGACCAGGAGACUUCGAUGGUGAUUUAGAGGAUGGAGUAGCAUCAAACCAAUCUCUGUAGAUCUUGUGUUUCUGAAGUGUACUGAAGAGGAAAUAUAUGAUUAUGACUUCCAGAUUAUGAAAGAUAUAGUGUCUGAGAAUAACAUAAGAUUGAUCUUUUUGUUAAGAAGCUUGGAACAUGAAAGCUUAUCCAUUUGUUAUGUAACCUUUCAGACUGUGCUCUGAUGGAGAAAAAUGACUAUUUGUAGACCAGUCUUUAACAGAGGAUCUUAGUAAAUAAAGACUUAUGAAACAACAUGCUGGUCGAGGAAGUGAUAGUUUUAUUGAGCUGUUGCUGGUGAGGAUGGAAUAGAACAGAGAAGAAAGAUUACUUCCACCUUGGUUUAAUCCCUUUUCUCUUGCAUUAGUGGCUGUUGGUGUGUUGUUCAGAGUAGAGCUAUCAGUGUACUGACAUUUCUCAUCAUUUAAUUUUCAAGUUCAGUUGGUCAGAGUGUAUAUGUGUACAAACUAGUUUUCUCAGUUUUAUGUAUAAUAUCAAUUUCUUGAAAAGCAUUUUUUUCCAGAUUAAGAAAAAAUCAUGCAUCGCAGUAGGUCAUUGUCAUCCUUGUGUUAUUACAUUAUAUUUCUUGUCCAAUCCUUUUCAAUGCUGCCUUCUGUAUCUGUCAGAUGUUGCUACUUAUAUUGUGAUACAUUCUAUCACUGUUCUUUAAUACUGUUAAUUGUUGUUUGAAAUAAUUUAAGGACAAACAGAAAUAACAAAAUAUUAUCCAGCAAGACCAUGAAAUGGUAUUGUUUUCUAGGUAUCCAUCAUUCUUUUUUUUCAUAGAAUGAAAAUUUUGUUGGGAUAUAUUCUGCUUGGCAUUUGUCUCACCUACAAACUUGUAUAUUAAUGAUAACAGGCUUUUACUGCUUUUCUACAGCAGUUUACUUCAUGCACUUUGUUUGUUCAAAUAGUACAGAGUUUGGUUUCAGAAGAAUUAAAAGUAGAACAAAAAUUGAUAUUCUCGGUACUUUUUGGUUGACUCACAAAGAACUAUGUUUGAGAAAAAGUACACGUCAUCAAAACUUUUGUCACUGGUUUUUCUAUUAACAGAGUUAUUGUUGAUAUCUUUCUAGCUUUGGUUUCUAGGUAUAUAUUUAGUAAACAGUUAAUACUCUUAAGUUUUAGAAAGAUGUAGGAAUAAAAUAUUGCAUUUUCAACAUAUUUUUGCCUAAUUAUUAAAUUAUUGGAACAAGCUUAUAGUUUUAGGAGAAACAGACGUGCUGAAUUCUGCUGAUUUUAAGUUAGCUUCAGUUUGACAAUCACUAGAUUCAAGUCCGUGACUGCUUCCUUGCUUGUCAGUUGUGCUAGCAGCAUUAUAUUUUGUCAAAAAAUCCUAAGGAUAAUGUCUGUAAGAAACUGGUUGUUACUAGGUAGUUACAGGCUUUUAUACUUUCCUAAAAUCCCCCCAAAAAUUGUAAGAAGGGUGGUUCGUAAAAAUGCCUGAAUUUGUUUUUGGAAAUGCUAAAUAUUUUAUGUCUUACUGAGAAAAUAAAGUUUAUUUAUUGCAUGUUUCUACUUAAAUCUAUUUAAUCAGUGCUAUAUAUUAUGCAGGUUCUGUUUAUAUCCAGCUUGAUCAUCUGCAUACCUAAAACCUGAAUACCCAUUGAUGCUUAUCACCCUUUUAAUGUGUAUGAAGUAUGCAAUAGUAAUUAAUCAAUGCUAAAGAUUAGGAUGCAGAGGAAGUAAAAUAAUUCAUGUUUAUUUAUUGAUAUUUGUUUGAAAAAAGAUGAUUUUCCUAAGAUAAUCAUAAAUGUCCCUAAAAUUCUAAAAUAUACCCCCAAAAUAAUGGAAAAUAUGCCAUAAAUUUUCUUGUAAAAGUGUUUGAAAGCCAGUAGUUGUCUACCCAUACAAGAGAAAUAAAUUUCUAGAAAACUAAGAACAUAGCACAGAUUUGUUUUACUAAAUGGAUACUGACAGAUGUCUGAUGAUUAGUGGACUUAAAGAUGAGUAGCAGUUAAAGAGUAAUGAGAUUAUGGUAAUUGAUAAACUGAAGCAUCAGAAUUGCCACUUCUGCUUUUUCUCAAACUGUAAACUUGUUCCAAGUUUUUAAUAAAAUUGCCCUACAGUA